UUAAGUUGCGUCGCUACGAUCGUAGAUCGGGGGUAAUGUAUGAUAUAUAUGUAUGACCAUCCGUUAGAGUGAAUGCGCACGUUGCGGAUAUUGCUUUUAUGUUACAAGUGUAUUAUCGCAUUUUUAAUUAUCACAAUGGAUAUUGACGUUACUAAGCGGUUUGUCGUUUUGAAAUUUAUAAAUGAAGAUGUUGAUUGCGACGAGGAAGACGAUUCUUUAUUUGAAGUUGGUCUUAUUAAAUGGCUAAAACAAUUAGAUGAAGAAACAAAUGCAAAAAUUUCUUGGCCUCCUAAAUCUGAGCAGAGUACUGCAAUUAAAAAAGAAAUAGAUGCACUUCCUUCAUGGCCGAUAUAUAAUGUUACUGUUUUAAAAUGUUAUGAUACACUUUUGGCUGCACGAAAUGCACGAAAUGGAUAUAUUAUGUCGUCUAAUUAUGAAACAGAGUGUGAAUUUGGUCGUGGUAAACGUAAAAAAAUUAAGCGGCAGUUUGCAUGUGAUGAAUCUCUCUCGACAGAAGUGACAAAAAAAAGAAAUUUAAAAAUAUUUCAACUUCUGAUGAUUCAGAUUUUGAUAGAGAUGAUAGUGCUAUAA